UGAUAAACCCAAAUCGAAUUGUGUUCCCGAGACAAAGUAAAAAAACGUAGACUCAGAUUGAAAAUUGAGAUUUAGGUGACUGCACAUAACAGAAACAAAUUAAUGAAAAAAAAAAUGAAAACUGAAAAAAUGGAAAGUAAAAUCAAAGUAGGUAAUUGACUUUCCUCUUUAAUAUGAGGGUGGCGUCUCCAUUUUGAGCAGCCGUUCCCAAGCAUUACACGCUAGAGAGAGAGAGAGAGAGAGAGAGAGAUUUCUUGCAAGAUGAUUCAUUCAUAGAGUUGUUGAGCUGGAUUUUGGUUAACUUGAGCAAUUGGUUUGCCGGAAUCUGCUUCUUGGAGAGAGGGAGAUGUCUGUAGUCCAGAAGGAGUUGAAGGAUUCAGGAUCGUCGUCUCCCUCACGCCCCAAUUCAGCUGAUGGGUCGUCUCCUACAGCGCGGUUCUGCAAUCUCAGAGGUGUCCAGUGGCGUAUAAAUCUCGGCGUUUUACCAUCCAUUUCUUCCUCAAUUGACGAUCUUCGACGAGUGGCUGCGGAUUGUCGGAGGAGGUAUGCGGACGUGAGAAGACACCUUCUGGUUGAUCCCUAUGUUGCCAAGAAUGAGUUUGAAGAGCCAAACCUUGUCAUGGAUAAUCCAUUAUCACAAAAUCCAGAUAGUAUGUGGGGCCGCUUUUUCCGUAAUGCUGAGCUGGAGAAAAUGUUAGAUCAGGAUUUGUCAAGAUUGUAUCCAGAACAUGGCAGUUAUUUUCAGACUUCAGCUUGUCAAGCAAUGCUGCGACGAAUAUUGCUGCUUUGGUGCCUUAAAUACCCAGAAACUGGUUAUAAACAAGGGAUGCAUGAACUUUUAGCACCAUUACUGUAUGUACUUCAUGUUGAUGUGCAACAUCUAUGUCAAGUAAGAAAGCUCCAUGAGAACCAUUUCAAUGACAGGUUUGAUGGUAUGUCUUUCACUGAGAGUAACAUGGAACAGAAUGAGUUUUCAGCCAGCGGUUCUCAUCUUUUUACAAACCAGGCACUGCGGAAUAGGGAUGGUGAUAGUCUUUCCGGAAGCCUUGGAAAGCUAAGCAGUCUUGACGAGCUGGAUCCAGAUGUGAGAACCAUUAUAAUGGCAAGUGAUGCAUAUGGUGCAGAAGGGGAACUUGGUAUUCUUUUGUCAGAGAGAUUUCUGGAACAUGAUGCUUAUUGCAUGUUCGAUGCUUUGAUGAGUGGUGCAGGUGGUGUGGUAACCAUGGCAGACUUCUUUUCUACUUCACCCUCCAUUAGAUCUUUGACAGGGUUGCCUCCAGUUAUUGAAAUGUCUUCUUCAUUGUACAGUUUGUUAUCAAUUGUUGAUUCUUCAUUACAUUCUCACCUUGUGGAGCUUGGUGUUGAGCCUCAAUACUUUGCCUUGCGAUGGUUGCGUGUGCUAUUUGGUAGAGAAUUUUUGCUUGAGAACCUCUUGGUUGUCUGGGAUGCUAUAUUUGAAUCACUUAACAGACCCAUUGAUUCCAGUGUUGAUGAUGAUUCUGGAUUUAAAAUUGCUAGUUCUGAUCGAGGAGCAUUUAUUUCUGGGAUGGCUGUUUCAAUGAUGCUUCAAGUGCGAUCUUCCUUGUUGGCAACUGAGAAUGCCACCUCCUGUCUUCAGAGACUGUUGAACUUUCCAGAGAAUGUAGACGUACAGAAACUGAUUGACAAGGCAAGAUCUUUGCAGGUCCUUGCACUUGAAACACGUGUCUUGCAAUCUCCUUCACCUGUUUUUCAUGAAAGGAGCAGAUCAUCAACUGGAAGAACUCAAAGCCUUAGCUCGCCACUCAAGCUCUCUGGUUCUCCUAGUGUCCCCAUCAGUCCUGUGCGUGAGAGUUAUUGGGAAGAGAAAUGGAGGAUUUCAGUAUUGCAGAAGCCAGAUCAUCAAAAAGGAGAUGCAAGUAAUCGACUAUCAGCCGAAAAUGAAGGGCUUGGAAAACCACAAACCAAUUUGGUAAGAGCAGAGUCAGAUCCCUCUCCAACAAAUUUAAGAAAGGAUAAAAGGAGACCUCAUGGGCCUGUAAGAAGGAGAUUGUUGGAUGAACUAGCUGAGGAGGUUGGAUCCAAUAGAAACAUGGAAGAAAUUAAUGUGCAGGAUAAUUCUGUUCAAGCUUCAGGAAUAGAUUCAGAAGUUCAGAAGGAUUCAGGGGAGAUUGAAGGAGAUGAUGCAAAGAGGAACUUUUCUUGUCUGGAUGAUGAUAUAUGUCAGGACAGAAUUUUGACUGGUGAGGACUCUCCGGUCUUCUCUGCAUCCACCUGUUCUCUUGGCCAAAAUCCUGAUAUUGAAAAUGAUUCUGACAAGAGUAGCACUGAUAUACCUCUUUCUGAUGAAACUGAAGACAUCAGGACCAGCAACACAGACGAAUUAUGUGUUGCAUCUACUUCUCAGCCAUUCCCAGGUUUCGUCUCCACUGAAGAGAGCCCAAGGAAAAUAGAGUCUGAUGCAGGUGUUCAAAUUUGUGGUGACGUACUGAAUGAAAAACAAGCAGCAUUCAAGGAGCGCAAGCCUUUGUCUGGUAAAUUUCAAUGGUUUUGGAGGUUCGGUCGAAAUAAUGCUGAUGAUAGCACAAAUAAAAGUGGAAUCGAGCCAACAAGGUUAACGAAAGAUGAAAGCAGUAUCCCUCAAGAUUCUUCUGACUCUUCAAGUGCAGAAGCUUGUGCAAAUUCAUACCCAUCUAGCAGUGGAACAGAUGGUGCAGACAAGAAUUUGCUUGCCACUUUGCGAAGUCUUGGGCAGUCGAUGCUGGAAAAUAUUCAGGUGAUUGAAUCAGCAUUCCAGCCUGAAAGGAGUCAAGUUGGGCCACUGAACUUAUCAAGGAACAUUCUUGGAGGGAAGGGACAAGUAACAGCCAUGACAGCUCUCAAGGAACUGAGGAAGAUCAGCAAUCUCUUGUCAGAAAUGUAGGCGUAGCAACUGUGAAUACAUUUUUGUAAUUAUAUUCUUUCUAGCAUGAAGGAGAUGAUAUUUCCUUUUUCAAUGUUCCAUCAAACAACUGAAUAAGAAUAAACAGCCAAGAGGGAAUUGAAAACUAAUACGAUUGUUGCCAUCCGAAGUAUUGAAUGUGAUUGCACAGAAGUUGAAGCAAUAUAUCUUUGGGCAA